UGGUAAGGCAAAGGCGUCAAGUGUUUUGCAUUUUCGUUGACUGGGCCACAGUUCCAGGCAGAAAUAGAACUUCGUCAAUUUCCUUGCGAUCUUAGUGAGAUGGACUCUGCUUCUGAAGUACCAUACGUCAGUGCAUCGUGGAGAACAUCAGCUGCCGGGUCCUCCAUUUCAUUUUCUUUCCUGCAAGAAGAGGUAUACCUGGAUUAUUGAUAGCAACUCAACUUUACUCGAAAGAUCUACAGUGUGGCUCUAUUCCUGCCGACUGAGUGUCCAUCCAACUUUUUCUAUUUAGCAAGUCAGCAAACCCUUUUCACUCCGUGACUUUGUUCCGCCCUCGUUCCACAACCACACGCGAACCCCCAUUACUGAAGGAGCCAUGUCUGCCCGAGUCAAGGGCUUCUUUGGCACCCUGCGCGGACAUGAAAUUAAAAAUCAUCGAGAUGACCGUGAAAAGACCUGCGAUAGUCUCUUCCAAAUGCUCCAAUCUGUCUAUGAUCUGGGUGAAAGCACCGUCUACAUCACCCAUGAGCAAGCCAAAUCCCUCAGGAUUAGGGUUGAGGACAUGGCACUGGUUGAUAAUGAUGAUGGAUAUACUCUACGUCCUAGCGAAGAGUUCUUCAGACCUCUUUCAAUUGAGGCACUAAACGCGUGUCCACUCGACGAGAACGACAAAGGAGCAAAACGGCUCUCUGAACUGGUUCGUGGUUGGUCAGGAAUGGUAUCAUUCCUAGAAGAGAAUUACAGCACACUUUAUGGGGAGUUAGGGUCCAAACUGCUCCAACUGGCUAAUGCCCGCCGUCGAGUUGGCACGGGAGAAAAUGCAACAAGUACGACGCUCUUGAGAAUGAACAAGUGGAGGAAAAACCUAGGCAUCAUUCCUGAUAUAAUAAAUCCUUAUUACCAAGACAUGCUCAAAGACAACAUCUCCGCUACCCAACGCUUCUUUAUCGAAGCCAGUUGCUAUUCCGCGUACAGACGUGAAGAUGAACCACAUGUUUCAAUUAUUCUUAGCUGUUUCUAUCAAGGCAAAGAGGAUAUAUCACAUGCAGAAGUCUCGACAAUUCUUGCGGCAAUGGUCACACAGUUAGAGCAUGAUAAACUUGAGAGCCACUCUAUCACUCCGGUCCUGCUAAUCUCAUUUAUGAAUUUUCAAGGAAGGAUCCUGCAGGCUUAUGCCACGAACGAUGGGCUUGUUAUUCAGAAAUCUAAGCUCUGUAGCUUCAGGACACAGGAGGAAUUUGAAAAGUCAAUGUCCCUCUUCCUACGGUGGAUAGCAAGUGAGAGGGUUGGUGAUACCUACAAGCAAGUACGACUUGAUCCUUUUUAGGAAGAGUCGGCAGAUAUAGAGCCCACUCGAAAGGCCCUGAGAAAUAUGUUCAUUACAACACCCACGGAUAAUUGAACAGGAGAAGUGCCAACGAGGUCUGGAGGGCCGCAACCAGCUGAAAGCGGUCCAACUCGCACGUUUGAGCCUGGUAUUACCGAGUGAAGAACUUGCUCGGCACAAGUUAAGGGGCAAUACAACUCGAAGCUGGCGGCUGGGAGCAAAUGAUGCGGAAGGGCUCGUUAGCUACAUAGUAAUGGGACGGCAGCACGGGAGGAAAAGGUUUUGUAUGUCAAUAGGUUAGUGUACAUUUUCAGGUUCUGGAAUCCUCCUCCUACGAUAGAAGAAUUAACCAUUGUUUCAGUCUCCAGCUCCUCAGGCCUCCGAGAUAUAUCUGUGAUAUUUCCGUAGGACUCGUGCGAAGCUACUCUGCAACUACUAAAAGAUUCAAAUACCACCGGGAGGUGGGGGGGGGGGG